AAAGGAGCCUGCCCGUGAAGUCGGCUGCGCGCAAGAACUGCUGCUGAACGAAGAGACGGUGCCAGCCAGCCAGCCAUGGGGCGACUGCAAGGAGGGAUGCGCUGCGUCAAGUUCCUGCUCUUCAUUUUCAACUUCAUCUUCUGGUUGGCGGGUUCAGCUGUUGUCGCAUUUGGGCUAUGGCUGCGGUUUGGAAACAUAAUAAGAGAUUUAGCAACUGAUGAAAAGUCCCCAGAAUACUUUUAUAUGGGACUGUAUGUACUGAUAGGAGCUGGUGUCCUGAUGAUGGCAGUGGGAUUUUUUGGAUGCUGUGGAGCUGCACGGGAAUCUCAAUGUCUGCUUGGAGCAUUCUUUACUUGUUUGCUGGUGAUUUUUGCUGCUGAAGUCGCUGCAGGAGUUUUUGCUUUUCUUGGCAAGAAAGCAGCUAUUGAGGAGGUCCAGGCCAUUUACGAAGAAGCAUAUACGGACUACAUCAGUGACACAGGGAAAAAUAAGACUCUCAUCCAGUUUCACGAUGCACUUCAGUGCUGUGGGAAAGAAAAUGAUGCUCCAGUGAAAGCCACCUGCCCAAAAGAUAUACAGCUACCCAAAAAUUGUCUGAAUGAAAUUGAAAUUCUAAUUGACUCAAAGCUUCAUUUACUCGGCAUUGUUGGGAUUGCAAUUGCUGGAAUCACAAUCUUUGGCAUGGUCUUCAGCAUGGUGCUUUGCUGUGCAAUCCGUAACACAAGGGACAUGCUCUAGAAUUAUUGCCACCUAACAUUACUUUCAGCCCAGGGACUGGAAUGCUUCUGGACAGAACUCUGCAAGAAGUUCCUGCCUGCUCAACUUAACAACUAUAAUCCAUUUUAAUUUGUGGUGUUAACCAACUGACAGAGAAAAAAGGACAUUUGGUGAGCCUGAGAGAUUGUAUCACUUGCAUUUAAGAAAAAAUUAAGACCAAGAAAUCUAAAGUAAGCAAGUAGGACAACCUUAACAAUGUUUUUUUCAAGACAGGGGGCAGCAUCUGAAGUGAAGAUUUAUUUGAAAUACAACUUUGCACAUGUGUGUAGGUGAACUGUGCCUAUGUAUUCAAGAACGUAUGUGGUUUUUCUACGUGUGCUUUUAACACAUAGAUGUGUAUGGUGCACCUGCACAGUUAUCUGUAUAUACGGUACUCCGUAUGAUUGUAUGUAUGUUUUGGGGGCAUCUGUAUUUGCAUGCAUAUUGCUGCAGUAUAUACACAUUUGGGUGCGACAUAACCCAGGCUAAAACCCAUUCUGCUCUUUUUUUGCUGAUAAUCUGUGGAGAAGCAAACGCCUUUAGAAAAACAAAAUGUCCCAUCUAAUUAUUAUUCAGCAUCUGCAAGGUCCAAAGGGAAUUAGACUUCACUAAUUGGAUUGGGAAUGAAGUGACAUGCUGUUAGCUUCUGUUCCUAAACUACUCUCUCCUUGGAAGAUAUUUGCUGAUGUCUUUGUCACAUACAGAAAUGCUUUUAGAACAAGGAGGCCUAUUUUGUUCACUCAUGGCUCCAGUGGAAACUGGUGGCCAGCAGAAAGAAUUACACCUAGGGCUACGCCAGGGCAUUUCAACUAGCCAUAUUGUUACCAAGUCGUGCUACUAAGGCCCAAGGUUCAUUGUGGGUAAAAACUAUAGAAAUUACACUGUAUGCUUGAAAUACCUCAGGAGUGAGUUUACAGUUUGCAUCUGUGCUUUGUAUUGUUCCUAUUUAUUUAUACUAAAAUGUUCCUUGGAAAAAAAAUUAUCUGACAAAUUAACCCAGCUAGCCAGGAGGCAUCUAUUUGUGGUGCAAUCCUAAUACAUUACAAUCAAUGGGAUCUUUCCAUUGACAUCAGUGGGAGGUGCACCUUUGAAACCGCUAUAUAUAUAUAUAUAUAUCCCAUUGUCUGGUAAACUAUUAUUUUAAUGUGGGAACUCAGGUAAUGACCUCUGCUUUUCUAUCUUUCAGAUUCAUUUGUUUUUAUGUUUUAUUUUGAAUGGGAACAGGCCAUUUGAAAGAAUAUGCCAGUAAAAGAGCACUUGUUUUUCUAAUAACUAAAGUUUUUCAUGUACAUAUUCCAUCAGGACAUGUUAAGAGCCUAAAAAAACCUCAGGGAAAACCUGCUAUAGUAGGGGCUUCACUUGAAAAGCAGUGGGCACCCAAAUGGGUGUGUAUGCAUGUCAGACAGACGGAAGAUGUUGUAUGCAGUCUUUUCCCUCUCAUCCACCUCAGACAUGAAUGCACGCACACCAUGUCUCUCAGAGUUCUGUUACAUCUCUUUGUCUGUUUCUGCUGCUUGGCCUGGGUCAAGCAGAGCAAUAUUUCCACUGCUUCUUCAGGAUCCACAUUGUUGCUAUAUUGUUGUGAUGCAUAAUAUCAUCUGCAUCACAGGGGCUGGGCACAGCUUCAGGAACACAGUUUGAAAAUUGUACAGUUUUGAACUACAACUCCAAGAAUCCCACUGUAGCAACCAUGGCUCAAAGGAUUCUGGGAGCUGUUGUCCAAAAAAAAUGAAACUUUUCUACACUUCAUUCAGGAGCAGAAACAUAUGGCCUAUAUACCAUAUUCGCACAAAAGAUAAGUGGUGCUAGCAGCUUCCAGCAGGCCCAGAUAACAGUAACAUGAGUGUGAGUAACUAACCAAUGCCUCUGUUUUAUUCAGGAAGCAAUAUUUUCUGCAUUCUAUAUCAUCAAUCAUGCUUGGAAUUUGCAGGUGACAGGUGAUCAGAAUUAGCUCAACUAUGUGUAAAUGGGGGAGGUCGUCAAUCACAAUUUUUCAAUAGUAUAAACAUAAAAUUAAAAAAUUAAAAUUAAGGCCACUUGGAUAUACUGCACACAAAAUGAUAAUCAUGUGUGCAGUGUUCAUCAUUUCACAAGUUAUAUUUUGUGUGCCUAGCUGCAGCUGGUCAUGAGACCACUCAUAUCACCAAUAAAGCAAAUCGGAUUCUAAUAGACGCUUUGUAAAAUGGCCAAAAGACACUUGCACAAUUGUCAUUCCAUAUAUGAUAAAUUCAACAAGAUACUCGCUAGAAGGCUUCAGAUUAUAUGAAAUGUCUGCUAGUUUUCAUUUGAAGGAGAUGUAUUUUUAGAAUUAUUGGCUAGAAUCUUGUUGGUGUUUUCAUGAUAUGCCACAAUUAAUUGACAAGGUGCUAGGGCUUGUCUCAGUCAUAUAUUUGUUCAUGUGCCUAAUUGUGCAACCAAGAUACACUCUGGCACCUCAUCAGUUAGUCUCAAUUAGGUGUGGCAACUUACAGAAGGAGAAAUAGGAUUCUGGCCAUUAUUUUAUUUAUUAUUUAUUUAUUUAAUUUUUACAUUUUUAUACUGCACCAUCUGGCUGGGGCCACACUGGGCAGUGCACAAUAGAAAACAAAACAUCAUUAAUAAUACAUCAACAUAACAAAUUGAUAUGACAUCAUAAAAUAAAACCAACAACAGAACAGGGAGGUGAAAGUCCCAUUCUAACUGGAAACUUUCUUAGUGAUUUCCGAACAUUUGUACCUUGCUCUUGUAUUCAAAAAGUGAGAAUUUCCAUUUAGAAACAGACCGUCUCCUUCAUCAGAAUGCCUGUGGUUUCCAAAGGGAAAUAACUCUGUCCUAAAAGUUGAAAACAUUGAGAUGAAGAACAGAUAUUAUUAAAAGUUGGUCACUCCUGGGCCAAUCCUACCAUUCCUUGUUCUGCUUCACUGCCUGCUUCAUCCACCAUCAAAUCCUCACCUGGUUGGUUCCCAUUUCAGGAAACAACGAACACUACUGCAGUGUUUCACAGGCCAUGUAAUCCAGAUGUUCAGGGUGAUUUCAAGUUGAGCUGAUUUGUAACAGUUCAUCAAAAUUCUAGGGACCAGAUGGUAGAAAGGGUUUUCCCCUUUCUAGAAGAAACAACAAGUCCUACUUUCAACUCCUCCUUUCUAUGCCCUAGCCCUCCUUACAUGGUUAGUAGAUGAGACAGCUGAAUUACUGUCCAAAAUGCAGGUGGGAGAACUCUAAUCCUGUUGGUUCUUACACCUACAUUUCUUGAUAACAGAGGGGACAACCUGUCUUUCCCCACUCUCAUACCAACCAAAAAAAA